AUGUCUGGACAGAAUAAUUGGCAGGAAGAGGCCAUGCGCCGUCUGCGCCAGAUGCAGUCGCGCGGCGGAUACGGCGGCAGACCCGGCGGCGGGCCACCCCAAGUUCCCCGAGGAGCUGGUGGUGCAUUGAUUGGAGGUGUUUUGCUUGCCGGCGGUGCGUGGGUAUUGUCGAACUCGCUUUUCAAUGUGGACGGCGGCCAUCGCGCGAUCAAGUACAGGAGGGUAAGCGGAGUGAGCAAGGAGAUCUACAGCGAAGGUACUCACAUCAACAUUCCCUGGUUCGAAACGCCCAUUGUAUACGAUGUGCGAGCAAAGCCUAGAAACGUUGCUUCCCUGACGGGCACCAAGGAUCUGCAAAUGGUCAACAUUACGUGCCGUGUGCUGUCGAGACCACAGGUCGAGGCCCUGCCGCAGAUUUACAGAACCCUCGGAGCCGAUUAUGACGACCGUGUACUGCCUUCGAUUGUGAACGAGGUGCUGAAGAGCGUGGUCGCCCAGUUCAACGCCAGUCAGCUCAUUACGCAGCGAGAGAUGGUGGCCAAGCUGGUGCGCGAAAACUUGUCCAAGCGAGCUGCCCGAUUCAACAUUCUCCUCGACGAUGUGUCCCUCACGCACCUCGCCUUUUCUCCCGAAUUCACCGCCGCCGUCGAAGCCAAGCAGGUGGCCCAGCAGGAAGCGCAGCGAGCCGCCUUUGUUGUAGACAAGGCUAGACAGGAGAAGCAGGCCAUGGUUGUCAAGGCGCAGGGUGAAGCCCGUUCCGCUGAGCUCAUUGGUGAAGCCAUCAAAAAGAGCAAGGCCUACGUGGAGCUCAAGAAGAUCGAGAACGCCCGUUUGAUUGCGCAGCAGCUGCAGGAGUCCGGCUCAAAGAACAGGCUAAUGCUUGAUGCGGAGGGUUUGGGCUUGAAUGUAUUUGAGGGCGAAGAGAGGAAAUAA